AUGACCUUUCAAGGUCGGAUUUGGGCGCCGUAUGCAGGCGGGGCACGUACCAUUCUAAUGGAGGAGGCGCAUAGAUCGAGGUUCUCGAACCAUCCCGGAGCCACUAAGAUGUAUUUGGAUUUGAAGAAAGACUAUUGGUGGCCCUGUAUGAAGAGGGAUGUUGCGUGGUUCGUUGAGAGGUGCUUGACCUGUCGCCGGGUUAAGGCCGAGCACCAGCGUCCGCAUGGCAAGUUGCAGCCACUUGAGGUUCCCCAGUGGAAGUGGGAAAAAAUUUCCAUGGAUUUUAUCACCAAAUUUCCAAGGACCGCGAGGGGUGUCGAUGCAAUUUGGGUGAUUGUUAACCGGCUGACGAAGAGCGCUCACUUCCUUGCUAUCAGUGAGAGCUCUUCUGCAGAGAGGUUCUGGAAGAAGUUCCAUGAGGAGUUGGGUACGAGGUUGUAUUUCAGUACUGCCUACCACCCACAGACUGACGGACAGAGUGAGCGGACGAUUCAGACGCUCGAGGACAUGCUUCGAGCAUGUGUGUUAGACUUCGGAGGAAGUUGGGACACGUACUUUCCGUUGGCUGAGUUUUCCUAUAACAACAGCCACCAUUCGAGUAUUGGUAUGCCUCCCUUCGAGUUGUUGUAUGGGAGGAGAUGUCGGACUCCCAUCUGCUGGGGAGAGGUGUCUCCAUGGAAAGGAGUGAUCCGAUUCAGGAAGAGGGGCAAGCUGGGGCCCCGGUACAUUGGUCCAUUCAGGGUGAUCGCAAGCGUGGGCAGGGUAGCGUACCGUUUGGAGCUACCUACGGAGUUGAUCCAGAUUCAUGAUACCUUCCACGUGUCUCAAUUGAGGAAGUGUAUAGCCGACGAGUCGGCGGUGGUGCCGCUGGAGGAUAUUCAGUUGGAUGCGAGACUGAAUUAUUUUGAGAGACUGAUCGUGAUCCUGGAUCGGAAGAUCAAGGUCCUGCGAAGCAAAGAGGUGCCCCUGGUUCAAGUCCAGUGGCAACAUCGGAGAGGGUCCGAGUUGACUUGGGAGCCGGAGGCGGAGAUGCGGGAGCAGCAUCCUGAGUUAUUUGCGGAGCGAGAUUUCGAGGGCGAAGUCUGA